CCUACUGAUCCUCCCCAUACCUCCUCGCGCCGUGGAAAGAUCACGACGCAAGGUCUCCAGUUUUUCGUCAGCCCCCGGGCGCCGUCUCCGGGCCGGGGGGCUGUCCGCGUUGCAGAAAAACACGGCUUACACCUGUGGGGCCGUCCAUUUCCAAAACGGGGAUCUUGCUGGACACCUUUCGGAACUGUAUGAUCGCAACCUGGCGCGUUCCUUCUUAGUUGCUGGAAGGAUGCGCGGCAAUUAAUUCCUGUUUAGGGGCGGCCUCGCGACCUCUCGAGCCUGCGCAGGGCGCGGGCGCGGGAGCGCGGCAGCCGAGCCGACUGCGUGGCACUCCGCUCUCGAGCCCUCGGGCCCACUCCUCCUUCCCCUCCUUCCACAGCCGUUGUCGCCAUCGAUGCAGCCGCUGCAGCCUCUGACUCGAGGGCGGUGGUGCGUUCUUCUCCGCCGCCGAUGUUGCGCAGGUCCUUCCGCAGCCGUUUGGCCCCAAGGCAGCCGACCUCUGACAACGGCAUCCAUCCGACAACACCACACGACUGUACAUCCCUGCGCCCCUGCGGCAGGGGCACCAUGGCGCGCCUCGCCUUCCUGGGCGCGGCCUGCCUGCUGUCUGCGCCCGCGCACGGCCUCGGCAUCCAGAGCCACAGCCACGGCCUGUGGCCCUGGUCGCACCGCCCAGCGAAGCCGGCCCGGAAGGAGGCAGCGCCCAAGGCAGAGGAGCAGCCGGCGGCGCAGCUCCAGGAGCAGGUGGCCGCGGCCCCUGUCCAGCUGCAGCAGAGCUCUGGGUCCGCGGCGGCACAGCUGAACCGGUCCUCGGAGGCGAAGAAGGAAGCGGUGGUGGUCGACGAGGCCGGCAACCGGAUGCUCCACAGGUGGGUCAAGACUGGGCCCGCGGAGGCGCAGGAAGUGAAGAGCCUUUUCCAGAAUGACACGUGGGUCCAGGAGAAGCUGCACAAGAGCUGCGGCAAGGGCAACACCACGUGCGCCGUCGUGGAGGUGGACAAAAUGCUCUGCGAGGCGCUCGAGCUGGCUGGCUUCGAGGGCUGGAUUUCAGGCAGCUUGACGCAGCUCGAGGGGAUUCUGAACGCCACCAUGAACAGGUCGUCGAAGCAGUUCGGUGUGGACACCGCUUUCCGUUCGGCCUUAUUCAGAUUCGCCAGGGACACGUCGUGGCCUGCCAGCAGCCGCGACGACGGCUCCGCCUUCCCCCGCCUGGUGACGAAAGCCCUGGCAUCGGCUCAAAUCAAGGGGCUGGUCAACCAGACAUGCAGCGGCAUCGAGUACGACGAGGAAAGGCUGGCGUGCCGCAAGCACGCUCCCCGCGCCCUGUUCUGCCAGGCGCUCACCCAGACCGCCGCGAGGAUGAAGGACUCGGACGAGCUGGUUCCCAAGCUCGUGCAGGCCACGAAGCUCCGCGGAGAUGCGGAGGAGAUCAUCCUGUCCGCUCUGUACAAGGGGUUGCCGAACGUCACCAAGAACAUCCUGAAUAUGAGCAUGGAGCUCUCAUUCGAUCAGUGGCUGCGCAGCGGCGCUGACGCUGACCGCACCUUGAGGGCCAAGUGCAUCAUGGGCCACGCGAUGAAGCAGUACGUCGAGAAGAAGUGCGCGGACCCCUUGAGCGAUUGUGGCAUGCAGGUGUACGACUCGAUGAUCUGCGGGGCGCUGCAGCGUCUCGGGGACACAGUGGCGACGCCAGACAUCGAGAAGGGCCUUUAUCACGCAAUAGACAGCGACCAGAUCAACUACGAUCUCAUCACUCGCAGGGCGUUUGCUGCGAAGUUCAAGGCGCAGCCCAACCACACCCGCGGUCCCGAGCUCGACAAGAUGAAGGACAACGCCGACUACCAGCUGGCGCAGAUGAAGAAGAGGCUGCUGGCCAACAGCACGUUCCAGAAGCUCGUCAGCAGGACUUGCGUGCCCCUGAACCGCAUCCGGCCCAGCUGCUGGGAGACCACCCCGACCUUUCUGUUCUGCCAGGCCCUGUCCACCUCGGCCUCGCAGCUCCUCGGAGGGGCUGGGGUGUUCAAGCUCAUGCAGUCCCAGAAGGCCAUGGUGCCCAACUGAGCGGGCGCCCGCGUCCCUCCGGGAGGCCUCCUGCGCGCGGGCGGCACGCUCCGUCCUCCCCCUCUCCUCCUCCUCCUCCUCCUCCUCUCGUGACGUGACCGGCCCCCUCCCCCCUUUCCCGCCCUCCCAGUCACGCCCGCUGUCGCUACGGGGUACAGAACACUGCCUCCUCGUGCCGCGCGGGGCAUCCGCGAAAAAAGACGCUCCAUAUCUCCGCGGUGUCGCGGCCCAAAGGCCUGGCCCGCGAGGCCGUGGAGCUGUGGAUAGACUUCUCGCGCGCACGAAAGAGGGGCCCCAAGCCCGUGGGCCGGGGCGAGCGCGCCGUCGACCGCCGCGCUCGCCGCUCCGGUGUGGGCCGUGCGGCCGACCCCCGAUCCGCCGUAGUGUGGUUGAUUUUCCGAUUCAGCAGUGUCGGAAGUACACUCCACAGCAUGCGGAUACACAGGGCUGACGUGUCCCUUCGACAAUAUGGCGGGUAGCUCCGCAAAACCUCUCUCCGGCCUCGCUGCCCCGCCGCGGGCGCGCACGGACGGCUCGCGGACGAGCUCUCGCCGAGUGCGGCGCAGCCCCGGCAGCCCGGCGGGUCUGGCGCUCUCUUCGGCGACUGCAGCAGGUGUGGUUACAGUCGGGCCGAGGAGAAAAGAUCGAGAUUGGUUCGGGGAGGGUGCCCUCGUGUUCUCCACGUUCGUUGGGUGCUCUUGUGCAUCCUGGGGGGGGCACCUUACGGAUGUUCUGUGUGUUCUGGCUGGCGG